AUGCGUUUUGAGGAGAGUCCGUCACGCUUCGGUCUUAUCUCACCCAUGGAUCCGAACGCUUAUGGGACUAGCCGUGGUGCGGGCAGACGCAACAUCUUGGAAGCGGCUCUUGGAGGAUAUCAUCUGUACGACGUUUCUAAAAGUGAAUACGUUCGUAAAAACGCCAUUGCUCGACAGAAAAAUUCGCCGUCUAAUGUUCAAGAUCGUGGAGGUACACGCGAAUUCACAAGCGGCAAUUCAGGUGAUUGGUUCACAGCUUCAACUUCUCACCUGAAACCUGAGAAUGAGACACUGGUUGAGCCCUGUCUUCCUGCUAAUUGUCUAGAAGACCUCAUUGAUUUGGACGAGUCGACUGACCCUAAACUCUUGGUUAAAUCUCACGUUCUAAAUGUUGCAGAAGAUACCUCGAUGAAUUUUGUAUAUGGCAUGGCUGCUGAAACUGAAGAUGUAAGCUCAUUAAAACAGCUCGACCAUGCGGCAUGUAAGGAAAAGGACAAAGAUGUCCUGGAAUUUAGUUCGGCCUUGAGUGAAAUAAUGAAACUUUAUUCCGAAGAGGAAGAUGAUCUUCCUCCUACUAGUCUACCUCAACAACUAGAAAACGCUUACGCUCUCAGUUCAACUCCGGGUGCGAGUAAUGAGAAAGUAAUCGACAAAACCUGUUCCCUGGAACCGAUCAAUUCUGGCAGUGAUAUUGAUGAGUUUAUCAGGCAUUUUGAAGCGAACAUUGAGUGUGAAGACCAGUACGAGGUGAAACAAUUUGAUGACAAAAAGAAACCCGAGUGUACGAGAUCUGUAGACGAACGAUGUGUUCGUGCAAAUACCAACGAUGCAAUCGUCGAGUUGGAUGAAAGCAACAGCAGUGAUGCAUGCGAGCAGACCGCUACGAAGUAUGUUGAAAUCAACAUCUGCAGCGAUGAUUCUUCCUCCGCCAACUUGCAGCCUGACGACGCUAAGAUAAAGGAAGAAGUCAGCUGGUUUGAAGCGCUCGUCGGUAGUGAUGAGAGUUUGUUCAGAGAGACCGAGUGUGACAAGUCAUGGACGAUGAUGAACACUUCAACGACCUCUCAACAGCAGCAGCCACAGCAGCAGCAGCAGCAACAGCUCAAGAAGAGGCGUAAGACUGGAGGUGCUCUCUCGCCAGACACUGCCAGGCAGCUGCAGCAGCAGCAACAUUUCCAGCUGAGCAAGUCCCUGAACGAGAGGCGGCGACGGGAGCAAGAGAAUUUAUACAUUGAGGAACUAGCGGACAUCCUUCAGAGCAGCGUCCUAGCGCCCGAUAUGACCGCUCUGUCGGUCAAACCCGACAAGUGCGCCAUCCUUCAUCAUACUGUCAAAAAGAUCAAGCAGCUACGAGACUCUGGGUACUGCUUGGACGGCAGCAGUUCCCCCAGCGCCGCUGUACAGCAGGAAGAAGUCUCCAGCUCAGCGCCUACCAGUCUACUCAACAACACUCUCAUCAGUCCUCUAGUGCUAGAGGCGCUGGACGGCUUCUUGUUCCUGGUGAACAGAGACGGCAAGGUUGAGUAUUGCUCCGAGAACGUGAAGCAGUUCAUUAAGUUCACUGCUGAGGAACUCACCGCUCAGAGCAUCUACAACAUCCUUCACCUCGGCGACCAUAACAAGUUCUCCAACACCUACGUCAGCUUCGCGUGGCCAGACGAGGAGAGCGGGGGCGGGGGUCGGCGCAGCUUCAACUGCAGGUUCCUCAUCAAGCCUCCCGACCGCGCCGACCAGACCGUGCAGCACGUGCAGCAGUAUGAGCACAUGCAGGUGUCGCCUGUGCUGCUGAAGGACUACCCAGGAUCCGAAGACUCGCACGGUCUCGACAAGGACGGUCAACCAUACAUCUUCUGUGUCGCUCGACGAGUUAACUCGACAACAGACUGUCAGGGCGCCCCCGUCGAGCAGUUCAGCACCAAACUCGACACUCAGUACCGUAUUAUUUCAAUUGAUAGUUCGGGACUGUCACCGCGAUACUCUAGUUUCCUCGACAAGGAGCUUGUGUCCAAGACCUUCACGGAGCUCGUACACGAGGCGGACAUCGAGCGAGUUAAGGCUCACUUCAAGGAGGUGCUUGCCGGCACUCCUGCCGUGUCGCCCGUAUACCAGCUCAAGGUGAACGCCAGAACGGACUCGUACGUUCAGGUACAGUCACGCAGCAAGUUCUUCAGACUACCGCGCUCUGAAGACGACUUCAUCAUGGCCACACACUCCAUCUCGGGAGCGUUCCAAGAGACAGGCUCUGACCUGAGCUCGUCGCUACUGACGCCGUCUAGCAACAGCAGCUCUUCCUCCGAGUCCCUCUUCGAGAGAACGCUUCUCUCUUCCACCUCUUCCACAACUUCCUCCUCCACCACACGUCCCAAUAACAACAACAAUAAUAACAAUAAUAACAACACCAAGAACUCCAUGAGUAACAUCAGCAGCAACGCUUUACUGGACUCGCAGCUAUCGCCUGCUGCUGAUAAGUUCAGCGGCGGUUCAUCAGCGGGCAACCAGCAACUGCGCACGCUGCUUGAGCCCCCACUGGACGACUUCAAGGACGAACUGCUGCUCAGCAACGCGGCGCUCAACGUCAAGAAGGAAUCGCCCACGUCUUUCUUAGACCAAAUGUCUGAUGACUUGGCCCUUGACAUCAAACCUGACAUCAAAAGCGAACCCAUCAAAGAUUACAUCAAGAGCGAGUUCAGGUCUCCACACGGAAUGUAUUCCUCUGGCGGUAAUGGCAAUUCCUCGUCUUCGUUUCCUAAUUCCUCAAGCAGCAGCAACACUGCCAGUAAUUCCUGUCCGUUCAGUAAUCCCUUGAGUAGCCCCAACCCUAUGACCCCCACCCACAGCUCUUCCCCUUCCCACAUCCCCGGUAUGUUGGCUUCUGGGAAUUCCUCAACAGGAGGGAUGGGUAACUCGUCGGGGAAUGGCCGCAGCAGCGCCAAUAACAUCCGUUCCCCAAGCCAUGAUCCCCAACGGGGAGUCAAGAGGCCAAACGAGGAAGGACAUGACGGUAACCCAAGCAAGCAGAGCGCUGGUAAAUUUGAAUCCCUCGUCAACACUUCCCCUCAGUCUGCCUCAUCACCUUCCCCUCUGUCUCAUCCCCAUACACCGCAUGCGGGGACACAUCCUCCCCACGGCAGGCCACAUACCCCACUGGGACGACCUCAUACUCCCCUUGGGGGACCUACCACUCCCUGUGGGGGACCGACUACUCCUCUUGGUCCCGGUACACCUCACCCACCUGGAGCCUCGCAUGGCAGACCUCUCACUCCCCAACACCCAGGGUCUGGGGGUGUCCCUAACAUGGCUGUACAACAACAGCAACAACAACAGCAACAACAACAACAGCAACAACAAAGGCAACAAAUGCAAGGCGGAGCGCACUACAGCGAUAACAAAAUGCUGCGUACGCUGCUUUCUACUGAAGGAGUUUCCACCCGCCGCGCGAGACUCAGUGCCCACUGCGCGAGACUCAGUGGCGAGACUCAGUGCCCACUGCGCGAGACUCAGUGCCCACUGCGCGAGACUCCGUGCCCACUGCACGAGACUCAGUGCCCACUGCACGAGACUCAGUGCCCACUGCACGAGACUCAGUGCCCACUGCGCGAGACUCAGUGCCCACUGCACGAGACUCAGUGCCCACUGCACGAGACUCAGUGCCCACUGCACGAGACUCAUAUCCUUAUUGAGCCUCCUAGAGGAAGGAACAAUCCUGCUCAGCAACGCAAGCUUCAGCAGAUGCAGCAGCAACAACAACAACAACAGCAGCAGCAACAACCACCGCAACAACAACAACAGCAACAAAUGUCGAUGUUAUCUCCACAUCAUCAGUCCAUGUCAGGCAGUCCAGGUCUACUGGACUCCAGCUCUCCGUCCAGCAUCUCUGUCCGGUCUAAUACCCAGACCACCAACAACAAUAACAAUGGUAGUAAUAAUAACGGCCGAUUUGCCGACAACUCCUUCAUUCAACAACAGCAACAACACCAACAGUUUAUGAGGUUCAAUGAUUCCCCUAUUCAACAGCAACAACCUCUUCAAAGUCCAACUCUACCGUCCUCUAUGAGCUCAAUUUCAAGUAUGAAUAACAUAAGCAAUAACAAGAACAACUACGUCACAAGCACCAGCAAUAUCAGCAAUAACAUGAUGAUGUGUGCUAAUAAAAAUAGCAACAUAAGCACGAGCAUGAGCAUGGAGUCAUCAUGCAACAACAGCAACGUGAACUCUUCGAGCAAUAACAGCGGCCUCAUGACCAACAUGAGCAGCGUGAGCAACAUGACCAACAUGACCAACAUGACCAACAUGAGCAAUAAUGGCUCAGGCACUACACCCUUGCCGCGCUUCUCUGUUUCUCUUGGUCGUAACUUACUAGGAACAUCCAACACUUUACCUUCUGAUGGUUCUUUGCCGCCCAUAUCUCGUGUUGAAUCUGUGCUGCAGCAGCACAAGCACAUGCAGCAGCAGCAACAGCAGCAACAACAACAACCUCAGCAGCAGCAAAUGCAGCAGCUACAGCAACAGCCACAGCAGCAGAUGUCUAUGAGUCAACAAAUGUACGGCAGCAACGAGACCGAUAUCAAGGCUAUUGUUGAGACCAUACUUCAAUUUGACGAGCCUGGCGGGGACGAUAACUGCAUGGCGCCCCUGGACGAGCGCUCGCUGCCGUCCUCGUCGUCCAGCUCGUCCAUACUGGGCCUGGACGCCGCGUCGUCCAGCUACCAGGAUUACCAGGACAAGCACCAGGCCAUCCAGAAGAUCCAGCACACACUCAUGAUGGAGACAGACUCCACCUUCCAGACCGCCAAUUCGAGUCAGUCGAGCUCGCUGCAGCAGCAGCAGGCGUACCCUCAGACGUACUCCCCUCAGCAGAGCAAGUACCCUGCAGGGGGCGUGUCCCCCUCACUCCUGCAGAGGCAAACUAGUACCAACUAUCCCCCCAUUCCCCCCGCCAUGCCUGUCAACAGAGUUGCCAUCGAGAGACAAAUGAGCAACCCGUCGCCGCAACUGCAGCAACAAAUUUUGCUGCAACGUCAGCAACAGCAACAGAAGCUACGUGCACAACAGCAGCUGUUGCAACAACAGCAGCAACAACAGUCCGGCAACAGCGACUCGUCUCUACACCUGCCCUACAACGGCCAGAACUACAACGAAAUGCUCAACAGCGCUGCAGCGCCUAAUAUAUCUUUACAGCGCGGCAGCACGGACAGCACUCAGCAGCAGCAGCAGCAGCAAUACCUGCAGCACGCUGCCUCCAGCACCGCGGUCUCGGGGGGCGCUAUGACCCACGGCUCUCUACAGGCUCCUCCUUAUGUCGGGUCCAUGAGCUACAGUACUGGUCAACAACAACAACCACAACAACUACAGCGCGGGGGGCCCGCGGGCUCCCCAGCGCCCCCCUCCUAUGGACUGCCCCCCCAAAUGUCGCCCCCCGCCAGCAUGGGGGCCCAGGGGGCCUGGCAACAGCCCCCCGCUAGACAAGUCGUCCCCCAGGUCAACAUGGGGAUGGGGACACAGCGGGGCUACAGGGGGGGAGCGGCAUCCCCCGUGGGCUUGCACCCCAGCGUGCGCGGGAUGCCCAACAGCGGAAUGGGUGGCGGGAUGAGCGGCGGCGGGAUGGGUGGCGGUGGCGGUAUGAGCGGCAGCAUGCCUAUGAUGCGCAGCGGUGGGGGUUACGGUGGCGGGAUGACGGGCGCGGCGGCGGGGGCUGAUGGCGGGGGGGCGUACAGUCCCUCCCACGGGGGGCAAGGGUCCCCCGUCAUGUACCAGGGCCAGAUGAGCCAGUACCGCCGCCCCAUGCAGGGACCACCGAUGUCGGGUGUUCUCCCGAACCGUAGCGCACCACAGCACUACGGUGUGCACCACCCAAAUGCUCACCUCGCCAUGACUCAUCACAACCCCAUGCACAUGCAACCCAUGAACCCUGUCUCCAUGGGGGCAAGUCCGUCGUCCCCCAUGGGGCAAAUGCGCAACCCCAUGGACAGCGCCAGUCCCUCCAUGAUUACCAUGAAUAGAGGAGGAAAUACCAGUACGGGAGUGGUUGGAGGUACUGGUAACGGAGGUAGUAACGCAGCGUCACCUUAUAUGAGUCACGGUGACUCACAUUACGACAUGAGUAAUGCAACGGGCGUUGGUUCGCCUAUGUAUGCUGGUGCCUCGAGCGCCAUCAUGGAUCCCAUGAGAAACAGCGCUUCGCAUGGAGAUAACAAAUGGAGCAGCGAUAGAGGAGGUCCCGGUCAAAUGAUGGAAGGUGGCAGUGUAGCAGGUGGAGAUUUAGGCAUCGCUUCUGCGAUGAGCCCCUUCACUUCAGGCACUGAGCCCUCCGUUGCCACUUCCUCCACCAACACUUCCUCCUCUUCCACUUCCUUGACUUCAACCUCCACGGGUGCAAACUUCAACCCAACACCGCCUACGGAGAAGAAGAACCAGAGUCUUUUAGCGUCCCUUCUCUCGCAGUAGUGUGUUAUUUUGCGCCUCGAGAAGGCGCUGUAGUUAAUUACGUUUGUACCUUUAAAUAUGAACGUUUAUUAUCAUAAACGUUUGAAAAUGUGAUCGUUUAUGAAGCGUCCCCUAAGUGAAGGAUUGUCUUGCAACCAGAACUACGACGUCUGCAAGCGUUAACGUUUAAAAAGUUUAAAAGCACUCGUUUUUGCCCAGAUGGUUGCCGCUAUCGUUGAUAAUUGUUUAAUAGCUGAAAAUCAUGAUUGUAUUCAAUUUUGUUAAUUUGUGGAAACUAUAUAGUGAUGACACUUUUAGUGAGCCAAUAGUGAUGAACGUGAAGUGUACGGUUACCAUGAAACUGUGAGUGAAGAUACAGUGAGUGAAGUUCGCCUCAUGUGAUGAAGCUAGAGAAAAACAAAUUGUCAACGAAGAUAAACAAGUUAUCACAGAUCAAUGAUAUAACGCCGCCCUGAUUAAGUUCAAGAUCUUCGUAUAUAUCAUCAGUAAGCAUCAGUGCGCAUUUUUUGAUGAAGUGAAUUCAGA